UAUUUCUCGUAGUCAUAGCACCCACGCAUUAUAAUAGACUGGUCAUACAAACAUGGCUACUCCGACCGACCAAGGAGCGCUGCUUCUUAAAAGACAGCUAAUGGAUCUACAGAAGACGCCUGUAGAAGGAUUUUCUGCUGGUCUGAUCGAUGAUGAUGAUAUUUUUAGUUGGGAAGUUAUGAUAAUGGGUCCCCCAGACACAUUCUAUGAGGGCGGGUUUUUCAAAGCGCAUCUCCUUUUCCCGAAAGAGUAUCCACAAAAACCACCGAAAAUGAAAUUCGUCAGCGAACUUUGGCAUCCAAAUAUUGAUAAAAAUGGCGACGUUUGUAUAUCGAUCCUCCACGACCCUGGAGAGGACAAGUGGGGUUAUGAGCGACCAGAGGAGAGAUGGCUGCCUAUACAUACUGUAGAGACAAUCAUAAUGAGUGUCAUAUCGAUGCUAGCCGAUCCAAAUGAUGAGAGUCCGGCGAAUGUGGAUGCAGGGAAGGACUGGCGAAACGACUAUAAUGGAGCUUUUAAGAAAAAGGUUAUGAAAUGUGUCAGAAAGAGUCAAGAUUGCCUUUGAAGGUUGAGACAAAAAUUGAACAAAGUUGAAUAUAACAUGUGCACUUCUUCUUCUAAUAAUAAUAAUAAUAAUUAUUAUUAUUAUUAUUAUUGUUUCAUUCAUUUCACUAAUUAUUACUCACCAAGUGACACUGCUGUGUCAGUUAUACUCACAUAUUAUUAUUAUUAUUAUUGCCUAUUAAUUAUUGGGUUUUUAUUUAAAAUAUCUCUCUCUCUCUCUCUGAACUAGACUUAUGUAAAUCCUCUUGAUAUCUUCUUAGAGCACUAAAUUAUUAUUAUUUUAUUAUUAUUAUUGUUGUAUAAUUUUUGGCUUGAAUCAUUAAUCGCACAAUACAACACAAA